AUGGAGGCCACCACAGCGCUCGCGCUCUCCUCGACGCUCGCCACCGCACGCCGCUCGCCGGAGAAGGCGGCCACUGCAUCCCUCCGCCUCCGCCGCUUCUCCGCUACCACCUCGCUCCACCUGCGCUCUGCCCGGAGCCCAGCGCUUCGCUCCCACCGUCACCCUUCCAGGCGGCGUGGGAGGGCAGGCGGGCUGGUUGUUCAGGCGGAGAUGUUCGGCCAGCUCACCACCGGCCUCGAGUCCGCCUGGAACAAGCUGAGGGAGUCGGUGGAACCUAUUUUGCAGGUUGUGAAUGAUGAACUCGUACAACUGAUGGGCGGGGAGGUAUCAGAUUUGGUGUUUGCAAAAUCUGGGCCAACUAUUAUCUUGUUGGCAGGUCUGCAAGGUGUUGGAAAAACUACUGUUUGUGCGAAGCUUGCCUUCUAUCUAAAAAAAAUGGGCAAGAGUUGUAUGCUAGUUGCUGCAGAUGUUUACAGGCCUGCUGCUAUUGAUCAACUCACUAUUCUGGGUAAAAAGGUUGGUGUACCAGUUUACUCAGAAGGAACUGAAGCAAAACCUUCACAAAUAGCCAAAAACGGUUUGAAGGAGGCAAAAGUCAAUAAGGCUGAUGUAAUUAUAGUGGACACGGCUGGAAGACUGCAGCUGUGA